AUGGAUCCCGCGCUCUGCCGGGAGGGGUUUGGGGUCGCUGUCAGGGGGGUUUUGGGGUCGCUGCCGGGGGGGUUUGGGGUCGCUGCCAGGGGUGUCCCCGCUUUUCCCUCUGUCGGGGCAGGAAGGGCGGUGGCGGCCCCAAAACCCUUUUGCUUUCGCUUCCACCUCGGCGCGGGGGCGGUUUGGAAAUCCCGAAUUGCAGGAAGAGCUCGGGGAGGGUGGAGCGAGCGCAGAAGCCCGAGCCCGAUUCCUGGGGCCCAUCCCACGGGGGAGAGCAUUCCCUCCUCAUCCUCCUCAGAUGGAGACGGAACUGGAGACGGAAGCGAGGCCCCGUCAGCACCGGGACCCUUCGCGGACGCCGCCGCCCCGCCUCGGGAGGAGGAGGAGGAUGAGGAUGAGGAUGAUGGUGAGGAUGACGAGGAUUUCCAGUUCCUGCUGUGCGAGGGCUGCGGGCAGGACUCGGCUCACCCCCGGCUGCUCGGCUGCCUGCACACGCUGUGCCCCGGCUGCCUGAGCGAUGCCAAGCAGUGCCCGCGCUGCCAGGGGGCCGCGGCCGCCCCGGCCGUGGAUAACCUGCUCUUCAGCAACCUCCGGAGCCGCCUGGAGCUCUGGAAGCAGAUCCGCAGCUCCCGCGGGCCCUGCUGCGGCCGCUGCCGCGCCGAGGAGGCGCUGGUGUGGUGCGAGGAGUGCGAGGAGUUCCUGUGCGGCCGCUGCUCCGAGGAGCACCGCUGGUGGCACAAGAAGAAGGAGCACAGGUUCCUCAAGGUGGAGGAGCUGCGGGCGGGCUCGGCGCGGAGCUUCCUGCGGGACACCAAAACCUCCUGCAGCCUCUUCUGCUCCUCCAGCAGCCACCCCCAGGAGAGCCGCGUCUGUAGGUGGGUGUCCUGCCCCGAGAUCGUCCCCAGUCCCAAAUUCCAAAUCCUGUGCCCAAAUCCCGUCCUGAUCCCAAACAUUGUCCUGUCCCCAAACCUCGUCUGUCCCCAAAUCCAAUCCAUCAGGAUGUUGAGAACACUCACUGUCCUGUACCUAAAUCCCCUUCUGUCCCUAAACCUCAUCCUGCUCCCAAAUCCCAUCCUGUUCCUAAACCUCGUCCUGUCCCCAAACAUUGUCCUGUCCCCAAAUCCCCUCCUGUCCCUAAACCUCAUCCUGUUCCCAAAUUCCAAAUCCUGUCCCUAAAUCCCAUCCUGUUCCCAAGAUUAGUCCCAUCCCCAAACCUCAUCCUGUCCCCAGAUCCCAUCCCGAUCUCAUUGUCCUGUCCCCAAGCCUAAAUCCCAUCCU